UAAGAAGAAGAGUCUUAGGUUAUCCGGCGGCUGUCGUACGCUUUACUUUUCAGCGUCGACGGCCGAGAUCUAUCUAUCCUUUUCAGCGACGACGACGACGGAGGAGGAGUAAUCUGACUGACUCCUGCCCGCUGUCAGUUUUCCCCUGUUUGGGUUUCAGUGUUUCACCAUCCUUCCUCUGACACGGUCAGCUGCCCGGCGUCUCAUCUUUCUCCAUUUCGGGCAGCCACUCCGAAAACUUCCACACCUGUACAGGCUGCCCUGACUUGUCUGCAUUUAUUAUGUAGACCCUUUACGCGUUCUUAUUCCGCCCGUCAGCCUCCGCUCUGCCCCAUACCCGCCGUCGACCGCCGUGUGCGGAGGUGCUUCUCCGCUUCCGGCCAAAUUUCACACGCGUGAAUCAAAGAAUGGGCCAGGGGAUGAGUUGCAGGACGGCGGACGAGCACGGGCUGUUCACGGCGGUGCAGUGUGGUGACGUGGAAACGGUGGCGGCGGUUUUAGCCAGAGAACCGGGCCUGGUUCGACACACCACCGUGUAUGAUCGCCACUCUGCUCUGCACAUAGCUGCCGCCAAUGGCCAGACAGAGGUCGUCAAUUUGCUUUUAACCCUAUCUGCUAACCCUGAUCUGUUGAAUCGCUACAAGCAGACUCCAUUGAUGCUUGCUGCAAUGCAUGGAAAGAUCACCUGCGUGCAAAAGCUCAUUGAAGCUGGAGCUAAUAUAUUAAAGUUCGAUUCACUUCACGGGCGAACGUGCUUGCACUAUGCUGCUUACUGUGGCCAUUCUGAUUGCGUUGAAACAAUUCUCUCUACGGCUCGGACAUCCCAUGUUUCUGUUUCUUGGGGAUAUGCCAGAUUUGUGAAUGUUAGAGAUGGCAAGGGAGCGACACCUUUGCACUUGGCUUCUCGUCAGAGACGCCCUGUUAAUGUUCGUAUUUUGUUGAACAAUGGAGCUUUGGUUUGUGCAUCGACAGGCGGAUAUGGUUUUCCAGGCAGCACUCCUCUUCAUUUGGCUGCAAGAGGGGGAUCUCUUGAUUGUGUCCGUGAACUGUUAGCAUGGGGUGCAGAUCGAAUUCAAAGAGACACUUCUGGGAGAAUACCAUAUAUGGUUGCUUUAAGGCAUAACCACAGUGCCUGUGCAGCUUUGCUGAACCCUUCAUCGGCCGAGCCUAUUGUAUGGCCUUCGCCUCUCAAGUUCAUCAGUGAGCUAAAUGAUGAUGCAAAAGCUUUGUUGGAGCGCGCGCUAAUGGAUGCAAAUAAAGAGAGGGAAAAGAGCAUAUUAAAGGGGACUUCCUACACACUUCCUUCUCCUUCUCAUUCAGAGGCCAACAUUGAUGAUGACAAUAUUUCAGAGGGGAGUGAUACCGAACUAUGUUGCAUAUGUUUUGAUCAAGUCUGCACAAUUGAGGUACAAGACUGUGGCCACCAGAUGUGCGCGCAAUGCGUACUCGCUCUGUGCUGUCACAACAAACCGAACCCGACCACGACCAUUACCGCUCCACCCGUUUGCCCGUUUUGCCGCAGCAGCAUUGAACGGCUGAGCGCCAUAAAGGUUCAUAAUGACACCAUUGAUUACGCGGGGGCCCACUCUCCUGUGAAAAAAAGCAACAGGAGAUCCUGGAAUGGCAGUGAGGGCACAGGCGGCGGCAGUAGCAGCUUCAAGGGGUUAUCAGCUGUGGGAUCUUUUGGCAGAAUGACCAACCGUGGCUCGGGUAGGAUUUCCGAAGACAAGGGCAUUAUCGACAAUAAGCCAUUAACCCUUGAUUCAUAACCAAACAAGAAUUCACUAGCUGCUGGAAGGGGUCCUGCUGUAUAUCAUCAGCAACUGGUACAUAUACACAGCAACCACUUCAGUUAGCGGUAAUUUAUUCGCCCGGCUCCCAAUAUUUACUGUAAAUUUCUAGUUAUUUUGUGUGAAGAAGGUUGGUGGCGAUGUUAGUUACCAGUUAUAGAUUAUUUUAUUUUUUUUAAAAAAAUAUUUACUGAUGCUUCCCCCCAAGUCCUUCCUUCCCUCUUCAUGAAAAGCAGCAUUCUCCCAUUGCCUCCCACCUUACCCCAUCUUUCUCUUCUGUAUUGGUCUUUAGGUUUGAACUGUGAGUUUCAUUAUUUCCAUUUUUUUGUAAGAUAUGUAUUAAAAGGUGCUGUUGCAGACUUGCAGUGGGCAUGUAAUGUAAUGUUAUAAACAGUGUAAGUUGCAAAUGGAAAUAAAUGGUUUCUGUUGGU